AUGACUCUGGAAGCAGCAAGGGAUGAAGCAAAUGUCACUUUAGGUACCUUUCUCAUUAAUGAUCUGCUUUGCAAUAUAUUGUUUGAUUCUAGAGCUAAUUACUCCUUUAUAUUGUAUAAAUUUGGCCGAAGACUAGCAUUGCCUGUAGAUAAACUAGAUAGUGAUCUAGUAGUCGAAGUUGAUAGUGGAAAAUUCAAACCUGUUAGUGAUUGUAUUAAGAACAUUGUCAUCAACUUGAAUGGGAAUAAAUUCCAUGAGGAAUUGUUUCCCAUUGAGUUAAACGACUUUGACAUUGUGUUAGGGAUGGAUUGGCUUAGUGCGAACGAUGCCGACAUCAAGUGUUGA